AUGGCGUCGCGGACUUACACGGUUUCUAUAAUUCACGUUAUCUUUAUUGUGUUUUUAAUGUUUUCGUACGUAAUAUUACAGCAGUCAAUUACUAAUGAGAAAUUGUUUUUGCAACAUCAAGCAAAUUCACUUCUGAAUUUCACAAGACUCAGUGUCAAACAUGGGUACUUUACGGAAGAGCAUACAGUGUACACAGAGGAUGGCUAUCUUCUCACUAUAUUUCGUAUGGUUAAGAGUAAAAAAUGUUAUGACCAAGUGAAAAAUCCACCCGUAAUCCUCAUGCAUGGAUUGCUGAUGAGCUCAGAUUCAUGGUUCGAUGCAGGCCCUGAAGCAAGUCUAGCCUAUCUUCUUUCUGACGAAUGUUUCGAUAUAUGA